AAGCUAAGGUUGUUUUAAACGUCCUCAAAGUAACAGAUGCUGCCCUGAGGAGCAGCACUGAAAGUCUCGAGCUUUUCAAGAUGUCGGGCUGAGAAAGUUUCUCUUGAGCGACGACGGGACGGAGCAGAAUGGGCCACCCGAACGUGCCACUCUCCUAUAAACAAGCCCGAGCUCACCGGGAUAAACGUGCGUCCAGUAGACUGCAGCUUUACACAGCAAACGAAAACUUGAACUAUGCACUGGGAGCCAUCCGAGUUCUUGGUGUGGAGCUGGUUGAAGAUGAGCUUAAACCUCAUCUGAACACGGUGCUGGCGAACAUUAAGGAGAGACAGAAAGGUGCUGCAGAGCAGGUAGUGAUCAGCGGGAUCCUGCCCAUCCUGGCGCUGUCUCUGAGGAGCAGAGGUCCUCUGACUCUGCUGACUGCAAAACUGGUGGCUGAGCUGGCCAAGGAAUCUGUGGUUCGUAAAGGUUUUGGCGAUGCAGGUUUGGUUACGGCUCUGCUGUCAGUCCUGACCAGCUCUAACGAAGAGCUGCUCAUCUACGCAGCAAAAACCAUCUCACACAUGUCUUACGACAACCCCAAGCAGCAAGAGUUGUUGCUUCGGCGAGGAGCGGCGCCACGUCUUGUCGCCAUCCUGCUUCGGUUUCCUGACAAGCAGGCUCUGGAGGAGGUGUGCCUCCUGGCUCUCUGCAACCUCAGCGGGAUGGGAGUGGCGGAGGAGGCUGGGAUGGUCUGGGAGAGGGGGGCGUCGGUGAGGCCCGGGGAGUGCGUGUUCCACGGCGUCGCCGCUCGCACCUGUGGCUUCGCCUCCUCGGCGACUUUGCUCCGCGUCUCCCAGUGGGGACCAGGUCAGUACGCGGUCAGCAUCGAGGACUUCCAGCGCUGCUCCUCCUCCUUCUGGAACCUUCACCGGAACAAACGGGCCCAUCACUGGUUCCCCUUCUUCAGUCUGGGCAGCUGUUCCAACAUGUUCAAGGUGAUGAACUUCUCCACGAGGAACGUCCCUCGAACCAAGAGUCUGAAGACUCGUGUGUUUCACACCUUCCUGUGACGGCCUGCAAACGGACCGGACCCCUGCUGGUGUACUCUGUGUCCGCCGAGGCUCAGAGCUGGGGCUCGUUGUAAAGAAUCCUCUGGACCCUGCAUGUUGACCCGGUGGGCCCGUCUUAGAUUUACAGUUUUGAUGCCUGUCAUCGUUACUUCCUGUUAACUUUAACUCAGUUUGGUUUAUAUUUUGCAUUAAGUCGCAGAAAAAUUACUUACAGAAAUAAAAUUCUCUUAGAGACUCUUUCUGAAUAUGUUUCAUAGUAAUGAUUACUAGGAGUAAGUAGUACAAUUUCUUACUUUUAGGUGUUAUUUUUAUUUAAAACAGGGUUAUGGAAAGACACGUACGAGCUGCCGGUUUGUUCACAAGUGCAUAAAAUAAAAUAUUUCUGUAACGUACUGGUAAUUUUCUACAACGUUCAUGUUUUUUAUCUGCAGCUGAACACGGAUUUGUUUUGUGAUUAACAUUUGUGUAAGUGUUGGACAUAUAAAUUACCCUUUAUUUUUUUAUUUGGGUGUUUCUAUACAUCACAGCUUCUCAUGGUCAGCUACUAAAAACAAUCUGCUGUUUUAUUGCUGCUUCACUGUGUGGCUGUGUCACGUGUGUCACCAGCAGAAUUCAUCUCAAUGUUACUACCUGUGCAAUAACCCGUAGUUUGUUAGUUGUGUGUAAUAUAUAUUAUGCAUUUAAGCUAAUAUUACU